UUAAAUUUGCUUUUACUAAUAUUUGGAGGUAUUGUGUGUGGAUAUGUGGUAGUAUUUGGGUUAGUGAGGAGAGUAAAUGAGUGGUAUUAUGUUAGGAGGUUGGGGAAGAAGAAGCAGCUUCUUCCUCCGGGAGAUAUGGGAUGGCCUUUGCUUGGGAAUAUGCCCUCUUUCAUCAAAACCUUUAAAUCCCAAACUCCAGAUAACUUCAUCUAUGAUUUGGUUACCAGAUAUGGACGAACUGGUAUAUAUAAGACAUAUGUGUUUGGGAGCCCAAGCAUCAUUGUGAGCAUACCGGAGACUUGCCGAAAAGUGUUAGCAGAUGACGAGCACUUUGCACUAGGCUACCCGGCCUCAACGAAGCAGUUGACUGGAAAAAGAUCAUUUCAUAGUAUUUCACAUGCUGAGCACAAGCGUCUACGCAAGCUCACCACCUCGCCCAUCAAUGGACACAACGCUCUGGGGAUGUAUGUUCCCUAUAUAGAGGACAUUGUGGUUAGUUCAUUGGACGAGUGGGCCUCCAUGCAUUGCCCAAUUGAAUUCUUAAGUGAGAUGAGAAAGGUUGCGUUUAAAGUCAUUACCUACAUAUUCUUGGGUUCUCAUAAUGAUUCCAUCCGUAAAUUAAUGGAGAAGUACUAUGUUGAUUUCAACUAUGGAUUAAAGGCAGCUGCUAUUAAUAUCCCUGGUUUUGCCUUUCACAAGGCACUCAAAGCACGAGAGAAGUUGGUGGAGAUUCUUCAAGGAGUUCUUGAGGAAAGGAAGGGACUUAAAAAUGAAGAUUGGGAAAAUCGAAAGAGAGGGAUGAUUGAUUUAUUGUUGGAAGUUGAAGAUGAGAAUGGUGUGAAGCUGGAAGACGAGGAUAUUAUAGAUUUACUGCUUGUCUUCCUGUUAGCCGGACAUGAAAGCUCAGCACACGCUGCAAUGUGGGCAAUUAUAUACCUCAAUCAACAUCCAGACUUGUUGCAGAAGGCCCAUGAAGAGCAAGAGGAGGUGGUGAAGGGAAGAGCAUCCACCGAGAAGGGUUUGAAUCUUAAUGAGAUAAGACAAAUGCGGUACACUAGUAAAGUAAUUGAUGAAACACUUCGAAGAACAAGUCUUUCAUUUUCAAAUUUCCGACAGGCAAAAAAGGAUGUAACUAUAAAUGGUUAUUUAAUACCCAAAGGCUGGAAAGUAUUAGUGUGGAAUAGAGGCGUUCACAUGGAUCCUGAAAUCCAUAAAAACCCAACAGAGUUUUCUCCAUCCAGAUGGGAUGAUUACAAACCCAAACCAACUUCUUUCAUUCCAUUCGGAGGAGGAAGCAGGAUAUGCCCAGGAGCUGACCUAGCUAAGCUUGAGGUCUCCAUUAUCCUCCACUAUUUCCUUCUCAACUACAGGCUUGAACGGCUCAAUCCUGCCAGCCCCAUCGUAUACCUACCCAUUCCAAGGCCUGCAGACAACUGCCUAGCAAGAAUUAUCAAGCUCUCCAAUAAUUAGACUCAAAUGCCUUGUCCCCAAUUUUUCAUGUUUCUUUUUUUUUGAAAUAUAUGGUUUAAUUAUAUGUUAUAGGUGUAUCAUCACUCAACUUGACCCUGUAAUAAUUUAUAUAUUAUAUAU